AUGGGCAAGAAAAUGAAGCUCCCUUCUCUCUUCAAGAACAAAGAUGCAAGGGAUCAUCCAUGGCAAUGGUCCUCAUGCAAGCACCCCAGGACCAUGUCGUUUCGGGCCGGGGAUGACAUGUUCAAGACCGUAAACUCGAUCUUCUUCGCUCCAAAUGAUGGGUUCGAAACACCGGAGUCUUGGUUCACAAACUCCUCGGAGUCUGCUAGCUUUUCAACUGAAUCCGAGGAGUACUCUGCAGGGGAGUCAUUGGAGACGAUCAUACGUGGGGUUCGAUCAGAGAGGCUGUUUUUCGAGCCUGGUGGCACGAGUUCGAUCUUGGUGGAUGCAAAAGCAGAUGAGUUUCCAUUUAAGGAGAGUGUGGCGCUAGCGAUGGAGUCGGAGAAUCCUUACAUGGAUUUCAAGAAAUCAAUGGAGGAGAUGGUGGAGAGUCAUGGUUUGAAAGAUUGGGAGUGUUUAGAGGAGUUGUUGGGGUGGUACUUGAAGAUAAAUGGGAAGAUGAACCAUGGGUUUAUAGUUGGAGCAUUUGUUGACUUGUUGAUUGGGCUUUCCGCUUCUUGUUCUGAUUCUACUUCAUUUUCUUCUGCAGCUUCUUCUUUCUCUUCACCUUCUUCUCCUCUCUCUCCUGUAGCGCAGAAGGAAAUUGAGGAGGAAGACAAGAUGGAAAUGUCUUAGAUUCAAUUAAGUUGUUUUUUGUGUAUAUUAGUAGUUAAAUUUUGGAGAUACAGAAUGAACAAUGAAACUAAGAAAUCAAUGUGCUUUCUCUCACGCAAAACCCCCCGCCCCCCAACACACGCUCUGAUGCAUAGUUUGAGUGGAUCAUUGACCAUCAGCCUUCGGUGAAUUUCAAAGUCACAGAGAUAUUUCGUUUGAGGGGGAGCAGAGCCAUUUCAAGCAGGUAUAGUUGAGGCUUCAGGCAUUUCUAGUUUGACCUCUCGUUACAUCCGGCAGCACAGUUUCAUGGAGUUUCUGCCAAUCAGUUAUAUCAUUGUAUAUAGGAUGCUGCAAUAGGUUUUUACUAUGGUUCCCAGU